AUGGAAGGACAGCAGUCGCAGGGCAAGCAGGUGACGGGCUACCUCCUGUUCUCCCUGACGACGGCCGUCAUAGGCUCGCUGCAGUUUGGAUUUAACACGGGUGUCAUCAAUGCGCCUGAACAGAAACUGCGCUCGUUCUUCAACGACACGUGGAUGGAACGCUACGGCGAGCCCAUCGACGCCGGCGUCUGCACAGUGGUGUGGAGCGUCACCGUGGCCAUCUUCAGCGUGGGCGGCAUGGUGGGAUCCUUCAGCGUGGGGGUCAUGGCCGACCGUUUCGGCAGGAGGCGCUCCAUGUUCCUAGUCAACAUCCUGGCGCUGAUCGGCGGAGGCCUCAUGGGGCUGUCCACCACCUGCGCGUCCUACGAGAUGGUGAUCGCCGGGCGGCUGGUGAUCGGGCUCUUCUGCGGACUCUUCACCGGAUUGACGCCCAUGUACGUGGGCGAGCUGUCGCCCACCCCGCUCAGGGGCGCCUUCGGGACACUGCACCAGCUGGGCGUGGUCGUCGGCAUCCUCUUGGCUCAGAUUUUGGGUCUGGAGGGAUUGCUGGGUUCUUCGCGUCUGUGGCCGCUGCUUCUGGCGCUGACGGUGGCGCCGGCAGUGCUGCAGUGCCUCAUGCUCCCCUUCUGCCCCGAGAGCCCCCGCUUCUUGCUCAUCAACCUCAAGCAGGAGGAGCAGGCGCGCAAAGCUCUGGUUCGUCUGCGCGGCAACGAAGAUGUAAGUCGUGACCUUCAGGAGAUGAAGGAGGAGAGCAGCAAGAUGGCCCUGGAGAAGAAAGUGACCAUCCCGGAGCUCUUCCGCUGCCCGGCGUACCGCCAGCCGCUGCUCAUCGCCGUCAUGCUGCAGCUGUCGCAGCAGCUGUCCGGCAUCAACGCCGUCUUCUACUACUCCACCGGCAUCUUCGGCUCGGCCGGCGUUAAGCAACCCAUCUACGCCACCAUCGGCGCCGGCGUCGUCAAUACCGUCUUUACCGUCGUCUCGCUGUUCCUUGUGGAAAAGGCGGGUCGGCGGACGCUUCACCUCCUGGGUUUGGGCGGGAUGGCGGUGGCCGCUCUCCUCAUGACCAUCUCGCUGCUGCAGAAAGAGGUGGCCGGCAUGAGCUACGUGGCCAUCUUGGCGGUGAUGGUGUUCGUGGCCAUGUUCGAGCUGGGCCCGGGUCCCAUCCCCUGGUUCAUCGUGGCCGAGCUCUUCUCGCAGGGACCGAGGCCCGCCGCCAUGGCCGUGGCCGGCUGCUGCAACUGGACCUCCAACUUCCUCGUCGGCAUCAGCUUCCCCAAACUAGAGGAAUUAUGCGGCCCGUGGGUUUUCCUCAUCUUCCUGGCCUUCCUGCUCCUCUUCCUGGUCUUCACCUUCUUCAAAGUCCCGGAGACCAAAGGCAAAACCUUCGAUGAGAUCGCCCGCAGUUUCGGCGGAGGCGCCGCCCCUCCCGCCUCGCCCCCGGAGGAUCCCCGCCCCCUGGCGGCCGCUGCCACGCCCCAGGAUAACAACAAGGAGAAGACAAAGGAGGACGUCCCUCUGACGGAGACAACUGCGGACGCCGCCAGCGAGUCCGCACCCCCCACAGAAAAGUCCAUCACGGUCGAGAGCGUUUAG